AUGCUACUCACAAACUCAGCCCAUCUCCCUUUAAGACAUAUCAUACCCAAAGCCUUCCAUAUCACCAAUUUCAUACGGUACAAAAGUGUUAAGCCAACUUAUGAUGAUUUAUCCUCAUAUUUAGAAUAUGCUGAUUUUGUUCAAGUGAAUAAAGAUACUACUGUUUUCCAAGGUACUAUAUUUGAAAUGAGGGCAAAGGAAAAACUUGAGAAGGCUCUUAAAAUUAAGAAUCUUAGACAUGCUGGUGGUGCUUUUGAUAAUGGUAUUGAUUUGAUCGGAAGUCUUGAUAUACUUCAGUACAAAACUGAUAAAGAACCAAGAAAAGCUGUACCCUUGAAAGGGAAAAGAGUCAAACCUUUAAUCCUCAGGAAAAGAACAGAUCUAGAUGUUAUUAUUCAAUGUAAAAGUUUUUCAUCAAAGGUCACAGCUAAGGAAAUUAGAGAACAAUCAGGAAUUUUCAAUUUUAAUAUUAGAAGAACAGAUCGGAAUAAUUCUUUAAUGAUUAUGGCUGCAUCUAGUGUUUUAACUUCUCAAGGAUUAACCCAACUAGAUACUGUUGAUAUACCUAUGAUCUACUGUCAAAUUUCUAGACUAAGGCAAAUUGCUGAGAAUCCUUAUGAUUUAAGUUCAUAUGAAGGCGGUGAUUUGUUAGGAUUUUAUUUCAACCCAUACGCUUUAGCCUUAUUUGAAGGUACAUCGUUUUAUGAGCAUACCCAAUCCUCAUGUAUAUAG